ACUAUAACUAGUUACAUUGUUAGCGAGAAAAUACUGUAACUGUAACUAUUAGUUACUUUUAUAAAGUAACCUUCCCAAUCCUGUUAAUAUCCUAUUACUGCUGGUUUCGAGCCGACCCAUCGUUUUACAUUCUUCCAUUAACCUUCGAUUUUUACACAAAGUUACGUGUCAUCCUUCGUAAGAUUUUCAUUUAUAUACAUUUUACAAAGGAGAAUUACAGCAAACAAUAUGUAUCUCAGAAUUACAGGUGUAUACAUGAUCUUCAGUUGUGUAGUUAAAUGGUCCGCAACUAGUUAGAUUCAUAACUUAUCUUGCAUGAUGUUUACAUCAACUUUUUUCAUGUAGUCGAUGUAAAUUUUAUAAAUUAGAUGUCAAUGCAUAUGUAUAACACGGACAUGUAAAUGGCAAUUUUAUCGACAGAGUCAGAAAAUGCGUAAUGAAAUAGUUCCAACAGAUGGGCGUAGGGGCGCACAAAACAGUGUGUUGAAAUGGUAUCAGGUAAAAUUCUAGCGUGGGCCGUGGGCCACUCUCAGGUUUCCCUCUGUAUAUAACCUAUAUAACUCACGGGGCCUGAUGCGUUAUCUUUUGUGACUUAAUUUAGGUGCUCAUUAAGUCAUGUCAUUUGCUUUGUGCCCGAUAAUAAGAGGUCAUAUAAUUCAGCAAUGGAAGGAAGGGAAAUCGGAAGAAGAAAUUGCAGCGAAUAUUCCCUGCUCGCAGAGAACAGUCCACAAAUGGAUAACGCGAUUUAUUGAAGGCGGUGAUCGUGCGUUGCACAAUCGCCGACCACAACGGACGACACAGCAAGCCAUAUCAUAUAAAAAUUUGUGCCCGGAGGAAAGAGGCCGUAUAAUUGAACAGUGGAAGGCAGGAAAAUCGGAAGCACAAAUUGCUGUUAAUAUUCCCUGCUCUGAAAAGACAGUCCGUAGAUGGAUAAAGCGAUUUUCUGAAGGCGGCGAUCAUGCGUUGCAUGAUCAUCGCAAACAUAAUCACCGUCCACGACAGACUACAAAGCAACAAGACCAGGAAAUUGUCGAUUCUAUACGGCAACGACCUUUUAGUACCAUAGCAGAAGCUAUCCGGUCUUCGGGCGUAUCAAUGUCAGACAGUACAGCAAGACGACGAUUGCACGAAGCUGGAUAUUACUGCUACCGUCUAACCCAUAGAAAUGCGCAAACUUCUAACGAGGAGCAACGAGUCGCGUUCGCUCUGGAGAACUUGAUGACGACCCGCGAGGAGUGGGAGGUCACAAUCUGGACUGGUAUAAAGGUCUUCGUGCCGUCUGCCGACGACCAAUCUUAUCUACAGGAAGUAAGUGAGGAAAAGUUUAAUCCAAACAAUGUACCUCAUGUACAGGAAUUAAGUGAGGAAAAGUUUAAUCCAAACAACGUACCUUAUGUACAGGAAUUAAGCGAAGAAAAGUUUAAUCCAAACAAUGUACCUCAUGUACAGGAAUUAAGUGAGGAAAAGUUUAAUCCAAACAAUGUACCUUAUGUACAGGAAUUAAGCGAAGAAAAGUUUAAUCCAAACAAUGUUGUGGCUACCCACAUAAGUGAAAGAAUUUCAUGUACAAUGUGGGGCUGGUUUUCCAGCGGUGCUAUUGGUGAAUUCAUCGACAUUCCUUCAACGAUGAACUCUGAGGAAUACAUUAGUAUAAUGGAAGAAGUUCUCCUUCCAUCCGUGCGAGCAAUAUAUCCUGUGGAAGAGGUGCCGAUUAUCCGAGUAGUGCAGGAUAAUUCUGAUGUCCAUACAUCACGCGAAAUACAAGAAUGGUUCCAGAAUCAUCAAGAAAUCCGCUUAAUCAAGUUGCCUGAUCGUUCGCCAGAUUUAAAUUUGAUGGAGGAUGUUUGGGAACAAAUGAUUCAACACUGGGAACAAAGAGGAGAGAACACAGUAGCGGCGUUAGUCGACCACGCGAGAGAAGUUUGGGAAGAACUUCGGUCUCUACCCAACUUUUUCGCGGCCUUGCUUGAUUCAAUACCUGAUCGACUCCAUAAUGUUAUCAAGCAUACCGGAUCUUUGACUGACUAAUGACUGACUGACUAGCGACAAGAACUAGUGACCUUAAUUCUCGGGAAAAAAGACGGCCCUUUUCAGGGUCACCACAUAUUUCAUGGAAUAAUCUGCUCAUAAUAAUAGAAUAAACUCAUUUUUCGCGAA